UCUCUCUCUCUCUCUUUUCUCUUCGUCAUUGCUCGCUCUCCAACUCUCCUUCUUCUGUUCUCCUCUGCUUCGCUCCUGCCAAAAAAAAAAAAGAAAUCAAAUUUCUCUAAUUUUCGUGGAGGUAAUAGAGAAAUAAACAGUAAAAGAAAAGGAGGGGAGACGGUCAAAAAAAACCAUUUUUCUUUUUUGAUUGUCUUUGUCUGGUUUUUUGCCUGGUUGUGGUAAUGGAGAGGUGGGCGAAGCCGCCGGUGCGGCGCGGCAACGAUAACCCGUCCUUCUCCUCCACUCUCCUCGACGCCAUCUACCGCUCCAUCGACGAGGCCGACGGCGGAGCCGCGAGGGAGCACUUCACCGGCGGAGCACCCGACCGCCGAGACGCCUCCGUUCCCGCGGCAGCAAAGAAGCAGCAGAGCUUUUUCACCGACGAGUGGCCGGCGGAAGGGAGGAGGACCGCGGUGGUGAGCGAAAAGGCGGUGACACGACUUCGCAAGCCCGAAAACCGCCCCAGGUUCCCGGUGAACUCGACCUCCAGCUCCUCCGACUGCUCCAGUUACGGCGGGUUCUCGUCCUCCGAGGCAGAGUCGGUGCCCCGCCCUUCCGGGCUCCGGCCGAUCCGGACCGGCGGUCUUCUUUACCGGUCUGAGAGGGCCCGGUCGAACCCCGCGCCUCCCCAGCCGCCAGCUGUAGGGUCGCCCUCGGCUCACCACCACCAGGAGAAGAAGAAGUCGGGCUCGAUCCGGAGCAAGUUCCGGGAUCUAAGGAAGGCCAAGGCGCCGGCAUCCCCUGGAGCCCGCCUCGCCAGCUUCCUCAACUCCCUCUUCACCGCCAACGGCAACUCGAGGAAGUCCAAAUCCGCCGCUGCCGCUUACGGCGGCAGCGGCGUGAGAGGAGGGGAGGAGUCGGCGUGUUCGACGGCAACAUCGUACUCGCGGUCGUGCCUGAGCAAGACGCCGUCGUCGAGGGGGCGGCCGGCGGUGGCGGCGGCGGCCGGCCAGGGUGUGAAGAGGUCUGUGAGGUUCUACCCGGUGAGCGUGAUCGUGGACGAGGACUGCCGGCCGUGCGGGCAGAAGUGCCUGUACGAAGGGGAUUCGGCGGCGGUGGCGCGGCGGCCGCCUGAGGCAGCGACGAUUGCGAAGAAGAGGGUGGAGGAGCUUCUCCGAGGGUUUGAGGAAGAGGAGGAGGACGAGGAGGCGAGCGAUUCGAGCUCAGAUCUGUUCGAGUUGGAGAACCUGACGGCGAUCGGAGGGCGAGGAUACAGGGAUGAACUUCCGGUGUACGAGACCACUCAUCUUGGCACUAAUCGCGCCAUUUCCCACGGUUUCUUCUUGUAAUUAUUUUUAAAAAAAGAGAGAGAAAAGAGAAAAAAAAAUGUUAUGGUGGGACAAAAAGAAGUAUGUAAUUUUCUUGGGGAAAUUAAGUGUUUUCUUUUGGUGCUAAUUACUGGUUCUGAGGUUAAAUGGGAAGAAUAACGAUGAACUUGUUUAUGUUUUGGGGGCAAAAUGAUUUUUUUGCA